GGGUGAUGAAGAAACCAAUUUAAAUUUUACUCAGUCCAUUCGGUGAUUACAAAGCUCUAAUUUAGUAGAGCGCAAUGAGCAAUUGAGCAUUGCUUUGGACAUGCUCCACCUUGUCCGCACAUUUCAAUUCUUUAAAGCUAUUGUCAGUUACGGAGUAUUAUGAACGCUCAUUUCACUCUCACUAAAUGGUAGAGCGUGAUUAAAGAGCAUUUGAAUGUUGAAUUCGAAUUCAAGCUGUAGAAAUUCCCAUGUUCUCUCAAUUCAAUUGGACUCUUUCUGAUCACAAUGUGGCAAGUUGCAUUGGGAGCAGCAUUAGCUGCAGGAUCUGGGUUUCUGGCCAAACAACUAAUCCAAUCAAAUGCUCCAAAAUCCGACCAACCCGUUGACCGAAAUAGCCUUACCUCGCCUGAAUUUGCAGUCCAAGAUUCAACCUUUACUGAAGAAAUUCCGACAAAGUGCGAAUCUUUAGGUGUAGAAUCAAUCUUUAGGUUUUCAAGCUCAGAAAGAGGGCCAAAUAAGCAGAAGAAGAAACCUGGCUGUGGGUCUGGAAGGAAUAAUGGAAAUGCUGAGGGGCUUAAGAGGAAUGGUGAUGGGAAAGUGGUGAAGAAGUGUGGGUUCAAGAAAAGUGAUGUGGGGGUUGACCAUGAGAGCAGUGGGAGGGGGAAGAAGUUCUAUGUUUGCUUGAAGAAGAGAAGGACUAACAGAACUGCCCCAGGCAAAUGCGAUAAUUGCUCUUCCAAAGGAAAUUCAGUUUUUGGAUGGGGUGUGGGAAUUGGGAUGAUGUGCAUGAUGUCAGCCCGGAGAGGUGAAAUGAAUAAGCUCAACAUUGCAAUGGAUGAAACCUCAAAGGCUGUCCAAGAAUUGAAGGAUCAACUUUCAAGAAGUAGAACUUCACUUAGUUCUCAUUCUUCUAAAUCUGAGGACAUCAGGGAAGAGCAUACAGAAACUGCAUUUGUUAAGUCAUUCAAUCAGAAUAUAAAUGGAAAGAGAAUCUUCAGCUUUCCUGUGACUGAGGAAGGUGAAUAUGCAAGCAGUGUUCUUACAGAGGAAAUGCAGCCAGAGGCAAUAGAAUUGAAUCAUCUGGAAGCUGAGUUUACAUCUGAACUGCAGAAACUACAUGGGUGCAACCCCGACGGUUCUGACUUUGGUAUGGGAGCUUUGGCUGAAGGGUUUCAUGAUGAAGUUGAUUUGAAUCACCCUUACGAACCCAACGGAGUGCACCCCUCUGAACUGAACCAAAAGUUGUGCCAAGUACUGAUUGAACAACAGGGAAGCCAGAUAGCUGAGUUAGAGACUGAGCUGCAAAUGUCCCACCGCAAACUCCAUCAGAAAGAAUCAGAGCUCCAAGCUCUUAAGGACUGUGUUCGUCGUCUCACUGAUUUUUCUCUAUCCAGUGAUUCAGAUGAUGAUUUAGAGGUUCGUACGAGGUGUAUUGUCGAUGAAGAAGAAGAGAAGAAGCAGACUAAGAGUGCGGAAUUUAGGAAAUCAGCAAUGGUUGGGAACAAAAGAGAAUCAAUGGAGUUUUGAGUAAACAUUCAGUGUUCAAAGUGUUCUUAUCACUUCCAGUAUCAUGUAGUGUACUACUAGGUUACUGAUGUGAACUGGACAAGUAAAUACAAUUACUCACAUUACGUACUACGUAAGAAGUACUCCGUAUUUAUUAUUAGUAAUGCAUUUUUUUAUGAAUCCAAUUUUUGGUGAGUAUGGUUAUAUAGCCAUAGUUGUAUUUGUGCAG